AUGUGGACGCAGAACCCGCUUCUUCGAGACGCCGGCGCCGCCGUGCUCACUGGAGGCGCCGCGAUGGCGGUGCUCCGCUUCUGGGAGCAGGUCGGCAACCGCGCGCUCUUAGACCAGAAACUCUGCAGGAAGCUGGUGCACAUAAGUGUUGGGCUGGUAUAUUUCCUUAUGUGGCCUUUGUUCAGUGCAGAUGAUGCCUAUGCUCCAUUUCUGGCCUCACUUGCCAUUGCACUCAACAUCGUAAGGGUGACCUUGAUUGGACUUGGUGUAGUAAAAGAUGACGGUGUGGUUAACUCAAUGACAAGACAUGGAGACUAUAGAGAGCUUCUUAGAGGCCCGCUGUACUACGCAUGUGCUAUAACACUCACUACUGUGAUGUUCUGGAGGAACUCUCCCAUUUCAAUUGCUGUGAUUUGCAAUUUGUGUGCUGGGGACGGCGCGGCAGACAUAGCCGGAAGGCGAUUGGGCAACAUUAAGCUCCCUUACAACCCUUCGAAAUCUUAUGCGGGAACCAUCGCAAUGUUCUUCUCCGGCUUCAUCGCAUCGAUCCUGUACAUGUGUUACUUCCAUCUUUUCGGGUUCGUGGAGGAGAGCUGUUCUAUGGCCGCUGCCUUUGGCAUCACAUCCCUUGCCGCCGCGAUUGUCGAGUCACUCCCAGUCAGCACGCGCCUUGAUGACAACCUGACUGUGCCGAUCACCUCUGUGCUCGUCGGUGGCUUGGUUUUCUACUAUGUUGGUGGUGGUGAUACCGGGAACGGCGAUAGAAGCAGCAUCUCUGCAGUUGCUGCGAUGGUCUUUGCAGGCAGUAGGUAG